CGUAACUAAAAGCAGGAAGUUAAGGAUGUGAAGUAGAAUGCAAGCGGCUUCGCUUCCCAUUAACACCAUUUACGCAUUUGUUCUUUUAAUUUUCACUGUCUGUAUCAGCGAGUACAUGGACGUGUUGUGUUUAUCUUCUGUAAGGAACACGGCAUGCUAACCAAACGGCCACUGGAGCAAAGGAAAGGCAGACACAAGUUACACUAAUGCUGAUGAUCAGCCCCAAAAUGGCCUCAGGAAUGCAAGAGAAACAGUACACACCAUCUUUACUCAGUUUUUUCAUUUACAACCCCACAUUUGGACCUCGAGAAGGAGAGGAAGAGAAAAAGAUUCUGUUUUACCACCCCAGUGAUGUUGAGAAGAACGAGAAGAUCCGAAAUGUCGGCCUUUGUGAGGCCAUUGUGCAAUUCACCAGGACGUUCUGUCCAACAAAACCAGCUAAAUCCCUGCACACACAGAAGAACCGGCAGUUUUUCUUUGAGCCUGAGGAAAAUUUCUGGAUGGUCAUGGUGGUUCGAAAUCCAAUGAUUGAGAAACCAAACAAAGAUGGCAAACCUCCUACAGUAGAAUAUCAGGAAGAGGAAAUGCUUGAUACUGUUUAUGGUGCAGUGGUAAGGCAGUGCUACAGCAUGUAUAAGCUCUUCAAUGGCACCUUUUCCAGAGCAAUGCAAGCCGGCGGAGUGGAGCUGCUCAUCCAGAAACUUGAGAAAUUCUUCUACAGGUAUCUGCAGACUCUCCACUUGCAGUCCUGCGACCUGCUUGAUGUAUUUGGAGGCAUCAGCUUCUUCCCAUUGGACAAGAUGACCUACCUGAAGAUCCAGUCCUUUGUCAACAGAGUGGAGGAGAGCCUCAGUCUGAUCAAAUACACAGCCUUCCUGUAUAAUGACCAACUUAUCUGGAGCGGGCUGGAACAAGAUGACAUGAGGAUCCUGUACAAAUAUCUGACCACCUCGCUUUUCCCCAGACACUCAGAACCAGAGUUGGCUGGCAGGGACUCCCCGAUGAGACCAGAAGUUGCUGGAAAUUUGUUGCACUAUGGGAGGUUUUUGACAGGACCUGCAAAUCUGAAAGAUCCGGAGGCCAAAUUCCGAUUUCCAAAAAUAUUCGUCUCUGCAGAGGACGGCUACGAGGAGCUGCAUCUGAUUGUUUACAAGGCAAUGAGCGCAGCAGCUUGUUUUAUGAUCAGUGCCUCUGUGGAGCUGACGAGGGAGUUCUGUGAGCAGUUGGACAGCUUGGUGGGCCCUCAGCUUACUUUGCUGGCAUCUGAUAUUUGUGAACAGUUCACAAUCAACCGCAGGAUAUCAGGGCCAGAAAAGGAGCCCCAGUUUAAGUUCAUUUACUUCAACCACAUGAACCUGGCAGAGAAGAGCACUAUCCACAUGAGGAAGACCGCCAGUGUUUGCCUCACCUCUGUCCAUCCUGACCUCAUGAAGAUCCUGGGAGAUAUCAAUUGUGACUUUGCCAGGGUUGACGAAGAUGAGGAAAUCAUCGUAAAAGCUAUGACAGACUACUGGGUAGUCGGCAAAAAGUCAGACCAGAGAGAACUGUACGUGAUCCUGAAUCAGAAGAACGCCAAUCUGAUCGAAGUAAACGAGGAAGUUAAGCGGCUUUGUGCGACGCAGUUCAACAACAUAUUUUUCUUGGACUGAUGGUGAAGACACUAAAAACUGUUGCAGGGUAUCUUGACAGCAUCAGCGUAAUGCAAUAAUUGCAUCGUGAAAUGAACAAUAACAAUGAAAAGAUUCCUCACAUCGUUUUUUUUUUUUUUUAUUUAACCUUGAAAAAUUGUAAUUUUUCUUCUGUAAUUAAGUGUAAAAAAAAAAAGGCAAAAAAUCCAGGUUUUGACUGUAUGUGUAAUUUGCUUUCUUUCAUUUUCUUUGUACAUACUUGAGAGAUUUUAAACAAUUUUCUUUCACAUUAAAAUGUGUUCAUACACUUUUAUAAUGAACAUAUGACACUUUUUCAAAUUUAUUUAAAAACUGACAUGCUCAUACUCCGGCUUUAUUCGAUGAUUCCGUGAUUGUUUUCCGAUGCCAUGUCAAAAGAUUUGUGGUUUGUAAACAACUGCCCUAACUUCAAAUAAAUUAAGAACCAAU